AUGAGUCGAAGGCAGUCACCAAGCGAAUUCCUUAAACAGAUUAUUGGCAAACCAGUUGUUGUGAAACUUAAUUCCGGUAUCGAUUAUCGAGGAAUUCUAUCAUGCUUGGAUGGGUUUAUGAAUAUCGCACUUGAACAAACUGAGGAAUAUUCAAAUGGACAGCUGAAAAAUAAGUAUGGAGAUGCUUUCAUUAGAGGAAAUAAUGGUGAAUUUUUUUUUGCAAAAGACAUAAAAGAUUGGAAUUUCGCUUAUAAGAUUUUGAUUUGA